AUGGCAAUCAUCACGAGAGCCGUCUCGAUAACGAACUUCCUCGUCGCUAGCAGCGCGCUAUGCUUCCAGGUCUUCGUCCUCUACCCAUGGCACAAAGAACUCGACGAGAACUUCGAGAAGCUGAAGAAGGAGCACAUCCGCGUGCUUGACAACAUCAAGGACCUCUCAGAAGCAGGCGUCGAGAGGGACAGGGCCAUCGGCGCAUCCGUGACGAGGCAGAAGACUCUGCGGGAAUACCUCGGCAUCUAG